AUUGAUCCGUCUCUUCCUUCUCGAUAACGAAAAAAAAAUCGGCCCAGCCGAUUCUGUCUCUGCUUCGUCUUCCCCACGCCGCCGAUCUCCACCGAUUGGCCAUGGCUGCUCAAACUUCUGAUCCCAUGGAUCGACUGCCUACGGGCUUGAAAUUAUUUGUCCGGAAUCUUCAAUCUCUAACUCCGGUCAAACUAGAUGAUACAAAUUAUCCCUCUUGGUCUGCUACAGUUCGCGCAAACCUCAUCGCUCAUCGUCUCCUCGGAUAUGUUGAUGGUUCAGAAGUGCCUCCUUCACCCCUUAUUUUGGACGAGAAAGCUGCUGCCCCUGGCAAGGAUGCACCGCCAGUUAUGAAACCCAAUCCUGCUUAUGACUCAUGGGUUCUUGUUGAUGCUCAAAUCAGGGCCUGUCUUCCCGCUAUUGUUUCUCCAACUGUUCAGACUCAUAUUCAUGCUCUUCCAUCCUCUGCUGCAAUUUGGAAUCACCUCGAACAACGGUACAAUUCUCUCUCACGUACUCACAUUUUUCAAUUAAAGGAGCGCUUACAUAGCAUCCAAAAGGGCACUGAUUCCAUGCAAACAUACCUGGACACUGUUCUCACUAUUGUCUCAUCUCUGAAAUUGGCUCAUGAGGACAUCUCUGAACAAGAUAUUUUCAUGUGUGUGCUUCGAGGCCUCCCUACGGAUUAUGCCUCGCUCAAACAAAACAUUCGCACUAAUAUUGCAACCGUCACUUUCAAUCAAGUAUUUGCGUGGUUGCUCUCCGAAGAAUUAAAUCUCACUUUUGAGAAGAAACUGCACCUUGGCGACUCUGGUUCUCCCUCGUCAACAUAUCUUCAUCAUGCUUUAUUCACCAAUUCAGGACGAGGUACUGGCCGAGGUCGUGGCCGUGGGCCAUAUCGUGGCCGUGGAGGGCCCUCCCGCGGCAGCAGCUACAACGGCAGAGGAGGCCGGCUGCCUUCCUACCGCGAGUAACCGCGAGGUCGCGGUGGUGGACGUGGGG